AUGCUGCGUUUGAGAAGAUUGGUGUGUGUCUUAGCAUCUUCUUUUCCACCAUCAGCAGGAGCAUUCAGCGCUGACACAGCAAGCGUUAUCAAAGAGAUUGUAGCCAUUUUGUUGCAACAUGGUUCACCCAUUAAUAUCAACACGUACCCUUACUAUGCUUAUGCCUCUGACCCGCAACACAUUUCUCUAGACUAUGCAUUGUUUAAGUCAGAAAGCCCUGUGGUUACUGAUGGAAGCUUCCAGUACUAUAAUUUGUUUGAUGCACAGCUUGAUGCUUAUCAUGCUGCGUUUGAGAAGAUUGGUGUGUCCAAUAUAACUCUCACUGUCACCGAAACUGGUUGGCCCACUGCGGGAAACCAACAUAAGAAAGGGAGUAAGAAGCAUUUCACUAUGAUUCACAGUAUUGGAAUGCAAACCAGAUAG